AAGUGGUUCCCUGUCUCACAGCCCGGAUCAGAGAACCCGGGCCUCCCAUUGGUCGGCUCCACGCAGGACCCCGCCCAUCCCGAGGGGAAGGCUGAAUCCGAUUGGAGGAUCCAAGUAUUCAGGCCCCGCCUACCAACACCUCCAGGAAGUGGACUCUUCUGAGAGGGAGGCUGAGGCUCAGAGAGGCCCCUUCUUCCCGAGAUGUCAGACGCAGGGCGAUCCUCGAUGUGUCGACCCCAGGACAGAUGCUUUCCUUCAUAUGCAAACGCCUCCUGUUUCCUUUGAGACAUCCUCGCCAUCUUCUUUGAGCGUGGAGGUGCGUUCAGGUGCAGUCGAGCCUAAUCCUUACACCCGAAGUCUACGUAAACCCGGACGUCGUCAUAGCAACUCCCCGCCUCCUCCGUUUCGCUCCUGCUCCAUCCCCAUCAUCCCCUCCGUCCAGUAUCACCACGACAAUGAGGCGUCUUGUAUGCAAACCAGCGUCUCCUCGGCAACCAGGGCCAUGUCCUCAGGAGGAGGAAAGGAAGCAAGGAGAGAGAAAACGGCAGCACAUGUUGUCGUGUUGUCUUCUACUUCCUGCUCCUCUGCUAUUGGUCAGCAGCGGGAUGAGGUGGUGCUGCUAUUGGAGGAGGCUCAGGAGCAGCUCAGGAAGUUGGCGUUGGCAAACAGGAAGCAGGAAGUGGAGGCCAGAGAAACUGUUUGCUUCCUGAACCUUAAUGGAGGAAGUGUUGGGGCGCUGAGCUGCAACGGACCAACGCAAACACAGCUGCUCACCCCCAGCCUAUCACACAGAGACCUGGGCCAAAUCAGCCAAUGAGAGGACUCCAUUUAGGACUUUCACUUUGACAGUGUUUGACAGACUAUUGUGUUCUGUAGGACACCGAAUUGAAAAAAAACAACAUGUAAUAUCAUGGAAAAUGUGCUGGUGAUAUGCAUUCUGUACGGAUCGAACACUGACCGCCUUUACACUGACUGACAGUAUGGAAGAAAAAAAAUAUUUACAUGCAUUUAUUUACAAAAACAAGAGAAACACUUAGGCAAAAAGAAACCAAAUAGUCUGUCAACUCCAUGGUGUUUUUAACUGUAAAAAGAAUAUAUAAAUAUAUAUAUAAAUAUAUAUGGAUAUAAAUAUAUGGAAUUCAAAAAGUGACCAAGUACAAAGUUGAAGAACACAGGAAUGAUGUAACUUUUGUUUUCUUCUCCUUCUCCCUGUUUUUGUAUUAACUCAAGUCACGUGUUUGGGUUUCGGCUCUAGAGAAAGAGAAAGACUUCGUUAUCGCCGCACGAUUCUGUGAGCCUGUACAGAAUCCAAUAUGGCCGACAAGGAAGGAGCUUCUUCACCGAUUUACCUUUUGAAAAACUUGUCUACCCAGCCAAGAAUACACUUAAAGGAUUUACAAACAAAGAUUCCGCGGCCGUGAGGUUUGUGUGUGUGUGUGUGUGUGUGUGCGUGCGUGCGUGCGUGUAUGUGUGUGUGUGCGUACUGAAAUGCAGCAAGAGAAGAAGAAAAAACCUGGAAGCUUCUACAGUUGGUCCGAUUUGGGAGAUUGUUAAAGACAGCUUACAUGGACGCUGACUCCCUAUCGGUCGAACCAAUCUAGAUUACUUUAGCUUUUUUUACAAAUGGUAUUUUCACACAGACACGCACACACACUCACUUGUGCAUUCAUUGUUGGACGGUCAGAUGAAGGACAUAAAGAAGGACAUAAAGAAAUCGCCACAAGUGGAACUAAUCUGACAUUUUGUUUUGUUUGUUUUUCCAUUUUUGGUUAUAAAUGAACAAUGCUGCUUUCUGGGGCUGAAGGGAGGGAGAACACAUGGUUUUGGGUAUUGAAACAAAUAAAUGUCUCUAUGUUGUAUCCUAUGAAUUGGAAGCUUUUGAAUCUCUGUAUGAACUUACAGCCAAAUGUUUCUGGUGACAAAAAGUAAAAAAUGGUUGCAAUUCUGGUAAAGAUUUUUCAAAAUAA